GUCGAUGUGGAGUCAAGAGCGUUAAGGACAGACAUUCCUGGGUGAUUAUAGUAGGUAUUCAAGUCCCCCCAAAAAAACCUCUUAUGAAGUGUAUAAGUUUAUUGAAAAAAUAUUUAUUUCAACAGUACUCUUAUUUAAAUAGAGUACUUUGAUAAAAUGAUGCAGGCAUGCAGCUGAAGGCCGUGCGGGAGAACCUCCUGCAGCAACGAGCGUGGCAGGGAGCCGACACCCAGCGAGCGAGUAGACCGCUUGGCGAGUUCGCCCGGCAGGAAGGUCACCGCUCGAGGGAGAAGCGCCCUCUGUUGAAGAGGCCACGCGGCAUAGAGCUCGUUAAGAGCAAAGGGCCCACGAUGGGACUAGAGGUGACUGCACUUUGAGAGCCACCCACCAGGAGCUCGCUGUGCUCGAGGUCUCAUUCAGCAGCCAAGGGCGCUGCCUGCUUGGCUCUGUGGUACACAACUUCCUUCUACAGAACGCGACCGCUAUUACGCUCGCCGCGUAUUGUAAAGGCUUUGAAAUGGGAUAAAAAGACAAAUUUACACUUUUUUAACAAGCAAAACGACGUGUUAAUGAAUGUUUGAAGUAUAUGUCGUUAAUGUGGAAGAGGUUAUUAACGAAACAGGGUUCUGUAUCUGAAACACCACUCUACCUCCACUCGUGUUUCCUGUGUCCAUCACAUGGGCCGUGACCCCACGCGGUGUGUAAUGGGCCGUGACCCCGCGCGGUGUGUAACGGGGCGUGACCCCACGCGGUGUGUAACGGGCCGUGACCCCACGCGGUGUGUAACGGAGCGUGACCCCACGCGGUGUGUAACGGGGCGUGACCCCACGCGGUGUGUAACGGGGCGUGACCCCGCACGGUGUGUAACGGGCCGUGACCCCACGCGGUGUGUAACGGGGCGUGACCCCACGCGGUGUGUAACGGGCUGUGAUCCCACACGGUGUGUAACGGGCUGUGACCCCACGCGGUGUGUAACGGGCCGUGACCCCACGCGGUGUGUAACGGGCUGUGACCCCACGCGGUGUGUAACGGGCUGUGACCCCACGCGGUGUGUAACGGGCCGUGACCCCACACGGUGUGUAACGGAGCGUGACCCCACGCGGUGUGUAACGGGCCGUGACCCCACACGGUGUGUAACGGAGCGUGACCCCGCACGGUGUGUAACGGGCUGUGACCCCACACGGUGUGUAACGGGCCGUGACCCCACGCGGUGUGUAACGGAGCGUGACCCCACGCGGUGUGUAACGGAGCGUGACCCCACGCGGUGUGUAACGGGCUGUGACCCCACGCGGUGUGUAACGGGCCGUGACCCCACGCGGUGUGUAACGGGCUGUGACCCCACGCGGUGUGUAACGGGCUGUGACCCCACGCGGUGUGUAACGGAGCGUGACCCCACACGGUGUGUAACGGGGCGUGACCCCACGCGGUGUGUAACGGGCCGUGACCCCACACGGUGUGUAACGGGCCGUGACCCCGCGCGGUGUGUAACGGGCCGUGACCCCACGCGGUGUGUAACGGGCUGUGACCCCACGCGGUGUGUAACGGGCUGUGACCCCACGCGGUGUGGAACUCAUGAGUUAUAGGGUGGAUGAUUCCGAUAGAGUGUAUGGGUUCCAGAUACCUGAUUAUUGUUGAUCAUGGAUGGUUCUGGAGGCGAUAUAUUAUUUGCACUGCUUAAAUUAGCAGAUUCCUCCUUGAGCUUGAGAGUGGCGGAUUGCACUUAACGUACAAGCACCAUCUCUGUGGGGAUUAUUCUGCUCCUACUUGUAGUCCCAACAACCUCAGGCCUGGAUCAUCAGUGGUGGAUUCACCAGAGAAUGACCCUGCACGUCGUGACCAGGUCUCUCCCUCAUGAAUCGUGUGAAGAGACGGUCGUGUUAAGACGUCGCGUGGCUCCCGUAGCACCGACGCCGUUGCCCACGUGAGCACGGUGGUCACGAGCAAAGCCCACAGGGCGCGGCACAGGUGGCCCCACGGUCCCUGGGAGGCCGCCGCCGCCAUGCGGGGACCUCGAAUUACAACAUCACUCGCGAGCACGGGUUUCGGGUUUUUUAGCUACGUAAAUUACGUACAAGUGUGAAAUUAGUUAAAUAACUGGACGAGUCCUAGAUCCCUUACCCGAUCCUUGCAGAUAAGUGAGAUGUAGAAUGAGGAGUUAAUAUUGCGUAAGUCUUUAUUUAAACUAUAACUGUAUGUAUUACAUGUGCCCUUCACGGUUUUCAAGUACAAGACAAUUAAGAUUGAUAUACCAUGCAAAUGCAACCACCUGAAGGCACUGCAGAAACAGUCGGCGCAUUAAACUCGGUGGGAAAACGAGAGACCGUCAUAGUCAAUGGUGAACAGGAAAGCCCCGAGCAUCGCCAUCACGUGGGGCAAGGAGUGGACAGCACGGGCGGCCUGGGGAAAACGGAGUUCCAGGCUACGGGGGCACUCGUGACGCGUUCCAGCGUGCAACCUUAAAGCAGCGCCAACAUCUGGAGCAAAUAUACAUUUCCCGUGGGAUUGAAUUUGUUGAAUCAGAGAUUUAUUGAACCCAUUGUAAGAAUCACGACAGGUGUAUCGAUAGGGAGAGAGCAGGGACAUUUGGAGCUCGCGCCCUCUGGGUUGUGAUCGCUCCCCAGUAAGGGGAGUGUAUCAAGGUGACAUGGGCUCCUUCUGCUCCCCAGUGAGGGGAGUGUGUCAAGGUGAAAUGGGCUCCUUCUGCCCCCCAGUAAGGGGAGUGUAUCAAGGUGACAUGGGCUCCUUCUGCUUCCCAGUGAGGGGAGUGUGUCAAGGUGACAUGGGCUCCUUCUGCUCCCCAGUGAGGGAGUGUGUCAAGGUGAAAUGGGCUCCUUCUGCCCCCCAGUAAGGGGAGUGUAUCAAGGUGAAAUGGGGUCCUAAGCCAGGGGAGGGGGUACG